ACGAAAUCUUUAUCGUACUCUACAAAUUAAUAUCACACUAAAAAGUUUGUCUAUCAUCAGCAUCUUACUUCUUAUCUGAAAUGUUAAAGGUCUUUUUUAAAAAUUUAUUAAUCACAUAUGUUGGAGAUAAACUCAAUCUAGAAUCAUUCUCGAUAGGAAUGGAGUACUAAGGUGGUGGAAACUUUUCAUUGAAAAUAAAAAUAAGUGGAAGAUGUUGUUAUAAAGAAAGUUCUUGAGAAGAAAGUUGGGGUUCUUGUCAAGGUUACUGAUACAAAACGAACGGAGGUUUACGAAAGUGACCGAACGUUGAAAAGAAAAUCAUGAAUCGGCUAUCUACGCUUCGAAGAGUUUGUGAUUGCACGGAGCUCGGUGGUUUAGUAGCAUAUUUAGUGCCGUCGAGUGUUCAAGCAUUACUAUUAAAAGCACUGGGGUCAAUAAAAAAUAACAUAAUGUUGCGAACAUUCCUCCUGCUUGCCGGUUUAAGUGGAUUAUUUUAUUUAAUAAAAAAUCGAUGGUACUGGAUCAUUUACAAAACUUUUAAAAGAGAUUUAAAUGCAGCUAUUCGAUUUGUCCAUAUGAACUAUUACUUAAUACAAUAUCAACUUCGAAACCAAACCGUACCCAAAAUAUUUAGAAAUGUAUGGAAAAGACAACCUCAUAAAGUGGCGUUUUACUUUGAAGAUGACAUUUGGACUUUCAAACAAGUUGAAGAACAAAGUAACAGAGUUGGUAAUUACUUUUUGAACUUGGGCUACAAAAGAGGUGAUCGCGUCGCACUUUUCCUUGAAAACAGACCAGAAUAUGUGUGUAUGUGGCUUGGACUUAACAAAAUCGGAGUAAUAACGGCACUUAUCAACACAAAUUUAACAUUAAAUCCUUUGUCUCAUAGUAUACAAGCGGCGAAAAGUAAAGGAAUUAUAUUUGGUUCGGAAUAUUCCAAUGCUGUUAAAGGAAUUUACGAUUCCAUAAACGAUCUGGACAAAUUCCAAUAUCACGAAACGACAAAAUCUGAUAAACCCCUUUUGGAUGGGGCUAAAGAUUUAAGAACUGCUUUACAAAACUCCUCAACAGAACCUUUAGAUGGAGAAAUUGAAAAAGGGAACUUAAGAGAUCAAUUAUUGUAUAUUUAUACCUCUGGAACAACUGGUUUACCAAAAGCAGCAACAAUUACAAAUGUUAGAUUAAUGUUAAUGGCUGUUGGAAUGAAUUCAAUGGCAGUAUUAAAAGAUAACGAAUGCGUUUAUGACCCACUUCCUUUAUACCAUAGUGCAGGUGGAUUAUUAGGAAUAGGACAAGCAAUUUUAUGUGGCUCAACGGUAGCCAUAAGAAAAAAAUUUUCUGCCAGCAACUUCUGGUCAGAUUGUGCUAAAUAUAGAUGCACUAUUGGUCUAUACAUUGGUGAAAUCUGCAGAUAUAUUUUAGCGGCAAAACAAGAGAAACCUGUUAAACAUCACGUAAGAGCUAUGUUUGGAAACGGAUUAAAACCGCAAAUAUGGACGGCAUUCGCUCAAAAAUUCGGAAUAAAGGAAAUUUUUGAAUUUUACGGCGCCACCGAGGGCAACUCAAAUUUAGUUAAUAUCGAUAGUAAAGUAGGAGCCGUCGGUUUUAUUCCAAGAUAUGCCAGAUGGUUGUAUCCUUUAGAAUUAAUUAAGUGUGAUAAGACUGGAGAACCAAUUCGGGAUGAAAACGGAUUUUGCAUUCAAAGCGAAAUCAACGAACCUGGAAUUUUAAUUGGACAAAUUAGUAAAAGGAAAGCGGUUAAUCAAUUUAGUGGGUACGCCGAUAAAGCGGCCACUGAAAAAAAAAUUAUGAGAAACGUGUUCAAAAAAGGAGAUGAAUAUUUUAAUUCGGGCGAUAUUUUAAUUCGCGAUGAAUUAGGUUAUUAUUAUUUUAAAGAUAGAACCGGGGAUACUUAUCGAUGGAAAGGUGAAAAUGUUUCUACGUCAGAAGUUGAAGCUGUUAUUAGUAAUAUUCUUCAAUUAAAUGAUGCCGUUGUUUUUGGUGUUCAAAUUCCUGGUACUGAAGGUAGAGCUGGUAUGGCAGCAAUUGUAGACACAGAAAAAAAUACGGAUAUUGAAAAACUUACCGCCGGAUUAAAACUGGGUCUUCCCACAUACGCUCAACCACUCUUUAUAAGAUUAAUUGAAUCGGUUCAAUUAACUGGAACGUACAAAUUAAUUAAGAAAGAUUUGCAACAAGACGGGUUUGACGUAACUAAAACUGCGGAUAAAAUUUAUUUUUAUGAUGCUCAUCAAAAGAAAUACGUUAUUUUAACUAACGAAAUUUAUGAUGACAUUCAAUCUGGUAAAUUAAGGCUAUAAUAAUAUUUUUUUAAUUAUAUUUUUAUUAAACGUGUAGUUUAUAAAUUGGUUAAAAUAAUUUAACAUAAAAAGA